AUGACCAACCGAGGAAAGCCACGCGGUCUUAACGCUGCUCGAAAACUCGUCCAAGCCCGAAAGGACGGUCGAUGGGCUGACUUGCACUACAAGAAGCGACUGCUCGGUACCGCCUACAAGUCCUCACCAUUCGGUGGCUCGUCACACGCCAAGGGAAUUGUCCUAGAAAAAGUUGGUGUCGAGGCCAAGCAACCUAAUUCUGCUAUUCGAAAAUGUGUGAGAGUUCAGUUGAUCAAGAACGGCAAGAAGGUUACUGCUUUCGUGCCAAAUGACGGUUGCCUGAACUUCGUGGACGAGAACGAUGAGGUGCUGCUUGCUGGUUUCGGUCGAAAAGGCAAGGCCAAGGGUGAUAUUCCCGGUGUGCGAUUCAAGGUUGUCAAGGUUUCUGGUGUCGGCCUGAGUGCUCUGUGGAAGGAGAAGAAGGAGAAGCCAAGAUCGUAG